AUGUUCACUCGCUCGGUCACGCGUGCCGUCCUCGGCAAAGGCUCUGUCGGAGCCCGAAAGAACCAGUCUCUACGGUUGACCGGCUUUCGCGCGUACGCGACGGUGAAGAAUGCGCCGUUGGCAGAAAAGCUCAGCAUCAACGGGGACCGACUAUGGGAUGACAUCCACCACACUGCUCAAUGGAGCGCUCCUUCGCCGGGCGGAGUGACCCGUCUCUGUGCCGACGAAAACGACAAGAAGGUUCGAGACUGGUUCCGAGACCAGCUGCUGGCUCUCGGCGCCGACUACAAGGUCAACGCGACCGGAAGCCAGUUCGGUGUGUUUGAAGGAGAAGACAACAGCAUCCCUCCCAUUGCCAUGGGUAGUCACUUGGACACGGUCGCCACGGGAGGCCGAUUCGACGGUCCCCUCGGAGUUAUCGGUGCGCUCGAAGUCAUGCGAAGCUUGAAGGAACAGGGCAUCAAGACACGAGCUCCCAUCGUGCUGAUCAACUGGACCAACGAGGAAGGUGCUCGAUUCUUCCCGCUGCUCGGCUCGUCCGUAGUCUACGCCGGUCGGUCGACGGUGCAGCAAGCACACGCCGCCGCGUCCAACGACGCUUCCGGCUUGACCAUGGGCGGCGAGUUGAAGAAGAUCGGUUACGUCGGCGACGGCCCCAACACCUUCGAAGAGUUCCCCAUCUCGGCCCAUUUCGAGAUCCAUUGCGAGCAGUCGACCGACCUGGAGAAGGCCGGCAAGCCCGUGGGAUGGGUCGAGGGCUGGCAAGGCAUGACCUGGUACGAUGUCAUUUUCCACGGCGAGGACGGCCACGCCAACACCUACCCGAUGUACGGCCGCCGGGACGCGUUGACCGGGGCGGCCAAGCUCAUCUGCGAGCUGGAAAAGUUGGCCUACGAGAAGAACGGUGCCAGCACAGUAACCGGCAUCCACAGCCGACCGUGGGGGGCCUGCAACAUCCAGUCCAAGACCAAGAUCACCUUCUGUCUGAUGCACAAGGAGGCCGAGGGUCUUGAGGAGAUGGGCAAGGCCAUCAUGGAGCGCGUCAAGAGCAUUGCCUCUCUCCACGGUCUGGAAGCUGAGACCGACCGCACCGUUCACCUGCUGCCAGGUAACUUCUGGCCCGAGGCCAUCGACUGUGUGCGACGCGCCUGCGGUGACAAGGGUAUCGCGUCCCGAACCGGCACGGGUCACGACUCCACCAUGACCACUCUCCUGUGCCCGACGGCCAUGGUUUUCGCCCGCGCAAAGGACGGCAUCAGUCACUCGCCCAAGGAAUGGACGUCCAAGGAGGACUGUGCCGAGAGCGCCUUGGUGCUGGGCAAGGCCGUGUUGAACUUUGACGACUACAUGAAGCAAAAGGCCCCUGGCUUGAAAAUGUAG